AUGGCUGCUUCGUGCCGUACUGUUGCAGCGCUGCUGUGCCUGGCCACUGCUGCCCUGGCCAAGAUCGAGAUGUCCGAGUUGGGCGGCCGCAUGGACGUCAAGCUGUACGUCGACGGGAACAAGGCCAUCUGGAUUGACAUGAACGCCUCGGCCUUUGGUGCCCUGCAGCCCGGCGCCCCCACCGACGAGUGGGAUGAGACCUGGGCCGUCCCCGAGAACAACGAUGUGCCUUACAACCACGUCUUUGCCGCUUACAACCCUGCUGGUCACCCUGGCUAUGACGGCUUUGGCCACGGCUAUGGCACCCCCCACAUGGACAUUCACUUCUUCUCCAUCUCGGAGGAGGAUCGCAAUUCUCUGGCACAGUGCUCCUCAUUUCCCCCCUGCCCCGUGGACAACGUGAGCGCUGCCAUCUUUGACUACCCCUCCAGCCGCGUCCUGUCGGAUGAUUUCAUCUUGGACUCGACCUUUGGUGGUCACGCCGUCCCGCGCCACGGCAUGCACUGGCUGCCCAAGUCGGAUUAUGAUGUCUUCACUCCUCGUGAUAUUGAUGACUCGUGGCCUGCCACGCCCCCGCGCUGGCUGUCCUGCCUUACCCAAGCUUCUGGUGGCUCAGAUGAGGGCUGCCGCCUUGGCCUUUGGUAUCCCGGUAUCAGCCCCAUCCUGAUCACCCUCGAUGGCAAGACUGUUGCGCAUGAGAUCAUGGUCUCGGUUGACUUCUUCAAGCGCCUGCGCGAUGGCCAGAUCUCCAACCCAUACAUCCAAACCUUUCCCCAGGUCGCCGAGGGCUUGACGGACAUGAACCCCCCGAUGUACCCGACCAACAUGUGGGCCGUGUACGACGAGGCAACCGACCGCCUGCGCUUUGGCAUGGACCUGCAACGCUACAAGCUCUUCGAUUGCCCCUGCGAUUGUGCUUCGUGCGACGAGGAGAUGCAGUGCACCAGCUGCGUCCUGGACACCCACGGCGUCAAGGAUGGCAAGUGCCAACGAUGCCCUCACAAGAUUGACGGCUAUUGCAUGCCCAACAGCUACUGCAUGAGCGCCGAGGGAGCGCUGAAUGGGUUUUGCAAGACCGAUUCGACUUUCGAAGCCUGUGAGAUGGAUGCCUUCUUUAAGCCUGUGGCCUGCCCUCUCGAUCUGGGUUGUGGCGUCAUGCCCGAGUGCACUGAAUGCCGCUUUUACCGCGGUGAUGCGCAGUGCUCGGCUUGCGAUGGUAGCUGGAUCGUGAAUGAGAAUGCCACGGCGUGUGUUGCUGAUGUGGGCAGCUAA